AUGACUACGAAAUCAGGAAGAAAUCUAAUAUCCUCUGGGAUUGGUGCUUAUAACCCAGUCCGGUCCCGAUUCCGGGCCUUCCUAGCGCUGAUCCUCACGUCGGGGCUUGUGUUGUACUACUAUCUUAAUUCACAUUGGCCCCUCGCUCAUGAGAGUGCGCGUCGACCUGUUGAUCAGGGCGUCGGGCACUCCCCAAAAGGAACUCAUGGACUGGGCCCAUCUAUGGUGGAAGAGGACGAUCAAGCUAGGAUUGACCAGAACAAGACAUACACCCCGGAAGAACUCAUGAAGCUCCCUGUCCUGCAUCACACCUUUGAGGACCCAUUCGGCCCUCGCAACGGAUUCAAGGCGCUCCGGGAUUCCAAGGCCCCAUGGCAAGCAACUACGCCCACCGGCGCCGUCCUCAUCAACCACCUGAGCAGGAAUCGGUUUCCUCCUCCUGACUCAAUUGAUUCAUCCCGUGGAAGCUCGCCACCACCCGUACCCAUUUGGCCAUCAAGCACACUCCUCCUCGAGAAGGAGGAAUCACUCAAAAGCCCCAUUCCCACGCACAAGAUCGCCGGCUUGAAUGCGAGCUAUGUGUGGGAGGGCCGAGAUAGGAUCAAGGAGGGAGAGCUGCCAAAGGUCCAAUGGCCCGGCUUCGAGAAACCCGGCUGGGAAGCCCCCGCUGAUCGGACCAUUCGGCUUGAGCGCCAGGGCUGGGUCAGACGUGGGUUUCAACACGUCUGGGAGGGUUACAAGGCCAGAGCUUGGGCGCAUGACGAAUUAAAACCAGUCUCAGGAUCGUUCCAAAACCCAUUUGGCGGUUGGGGUGCUACCCUGGUCGAUUGUCUUGAUACCCUCCUCAUAAUGAACUUGACGCUUGAAUACAAUUAUGCAAGAACGCAUGUCAAGGCCAUCGAUUGGGCCCAUACCAUUGACAAGGAUCCAUUGAUUUCAAACCAUCCCAAGAUCUCUUUCUUUGAGACCGUGAUCCGCUAUUUGGGCGGCCUUCUCUCAGCUUACGACUUGUCGGGCGACAAGUUGAUGCUUCAAAGGGCAGAAGACUUGGCAGAGUGGCUAUUGCCCGCUUUUGGGACAUCUUCUGGUGUCCCAGAAACCCACUACCAAAUGGGCUUCAAUCCCCUCGGAGGCAAGGUCGGGAAUGUGAUGACUUCAGAUAUCGGAUCACUGUCAUUGGAGUUCACCAGAUUGAGCCAACUCACAUCCAAAGGGGUUUACUAUGAUGUGGCACAUAAGAUAAUUGAUCUACUAGACGGGGAUCAAUGGGUCUCUGACAGCCGGCUGGGUACAUUGUUCCCCACAGUUAUCAAUCCUGACUCUCCGAAAUCACUUGGGAAUAAGUACACAUUUGGUGCAAUGGUUGAUAGCUACUAUGAAUAUCUAAUAAAGCAGUAUCAGUUACUCCGGGGCACAGACUUGCAGUAUCGAAAAAUGUAUACUUCUGCACUCAUGUCUGCUCGUCAACAUCUCAUCAGAACGUAUGAUCUUGAGACAUCUGGAGGGGCAAUGAUUGCCCUAGGAGCUCAGCUCUUACACCAAAAGGAAGAUUUGGAUUUGGCCUUGAGACAUGCAGAUGCUUGUGUCUGGGCAUAUGAAUCCACAAAAACUGGACUUGGCCCGGAAGAAAUGUGGAUCUCAAAAGGCAAUGAGCACACGCAAUGGCAACCAGUGCUUUACAAAGGCAAAAUUUUCCGUGAGUUGAAACCGGAACCAGUUCGAGGUGCUUGGAUCGGAGAUCCUUCAUAUUUUGGCAGACCAGAGACAAUUGAGUCAGUAUACUACAUGUGGCGCAUCACCGGUGACCGUCAAUGGCAAGACCGGGGAUGGAGGAUGUUUACCAGCUGGAUGGAGGCCUGUGUAACUAAGUUUGGCUUUGCAAAUUUGGAGGACGUAAACUCAUGGCCACCCAAAACAACCGAUAAGCAGGAGAGUUUUGUUUUAGCAGAGACAUUCAAAUACUACUACCUUUUAUUUUCGGAGCCGGACUUGAUCUCGUUGGAUGAUUAUGUGUUCAACACUGAGGCACACCCAUUCCGAAUUGAAAUUCCUGGCAAACCUGCCAAGAGAUAUUGGACCAAGCCGGAUGAAUCCCUUCAUAAGAUGUACGAUCCUCCAGAGCUCAAAGACGAUGAACAAGGAUACGGGACUUUCCUGCAACAAUGGGCAAGGGUCGAUUUGGAUAAGCUCAGUCAAGCAGAUCGGCAAGUGUAUAACAGAGUCAUGGGCAUCAAGGAAAACUAG